AUGAAAGUUAAUAAUUUUGUUCCUUGUGGAAAUAAGUGCGGCGCGUUUUACUGCUCUACCCAUUGCCUUGCUCUUGCAAGAGAACUGUAUCACAAUCGUGAAUGUUCGGCAGAAAAAAAAGAAAAAGAAGAUUUUAAGGAUAUUAAGAAUUAUUUUUUGACCAACGCUGAUCCUUAUGCUCGUUUAGCCCUUCGGUUGGCGCUAUGCGGUUAUAAAUUACAAUCACUCAAAAAAGGCACUUACGAAGAAAUUAAAUUAUUAAUUCAUCAUUACAAUCAAUGGGAUCUUCCAACACUUCUUGAAUCUUUAACUACUGCAAUGCUCCUCGCACACGCUUUUGAACUUUUUAGCCCCAAAGAUUUAUUCCUUCAUUUUCUUCAGGUCCCCUUAAACUCAAUUUCCCUUACUGUAAUGCAUCUGGAAGAUUCCUGCAACCAUCCAAUCAUUGAGCAGAGGAACAUCGGCUUGGCCAUUUACCCUUUUCUCUCAUUGGUCAACCACUCGUGCAAACCAAAUUCUCAUUUACUAUUUGACGGGUCUACUGCUAUUCUGUACACAUCCAGUUCAUUUCCUGAAGGCACUUUCCUAUAUAUUAAACAUUUUUCAUAUUAUUUUUAUUAA